AUGAUUGAUGCGCGUAGAAGGCACGCUUCCGCAUUUAUCGAUAACGGGGACCACGGUCGUGACACAAGCGCCAACAAGAGAUUGGUGUCGUUUGAUCCGCCGCAAACCAUUCAUCGAACGACGACCGACAUCACACUUCAGUCGGAGGACCAAUCCGCAGUACGGAAUAAACACCUCCUUUCCAGGCCAUCCCAUCCCAAAAGACCACAGAGCCUGUGCGCAUUCAGCAGGGCUCAGAUCCUCCUCACUUCGAGUUGCUCAUCCUUCACAGAACUGACCAUCGUAUCAUGCUAUCCCGGUACUGGAGCGCCCACCGAGACCAUCUCAGAUGAUUGGAACAGGAUUCCAGGGGCGCGAGGCUACACGCCGCAAGCUUGUAGCUCUCGUGAUGAGAUGGCCAAAUUGCACAGAUUGGCAGUGCAGCACGGUCUUGGCUUAUCAGAAGAACAUACCCCUUACCAGAAAGACGCCAAUACCGGAUGUGCCUUCCGCCGGUCGAACUACUCUCAGAUGAAAACCUCAAGUUCGCUACAGCACUGA